AGCUAUCCAAGGAACUAGUACUGAGAAAUUGUUAUUUUCGUUAGGCUGGAAAGCUUUGAGUCAGAGAAGAGAUGAAAGAAAGGCUACUCAUAUGUUUAAGGUCUCAAAGGAGCUUGUCCCAUCCUAUGUAUUAGAUAUCUAUACUCCCUUUCUUAACCAAAGACACAGACCAGGACUUAGGUCAUUCAGAACUUAUCAUAUCCCUGCAAGAGCCUCAACCAAAUUUAGAAAUUCUCCAGCCAUUUCGCCAAUUAAGAUCUGGACUAAUACCCCAGAGAUCCUCAAAAACAGUCAGUCUAAAUCUCAGUUUCGAAGGAGAUAUACAACCCAU